UUGAUCAGCACCAGGACUGCUGGGUUCAUGCUGACCACUGACCACACCAGAAGCCCUUCUGCUCCUGAGGAAGAGCCAGGGCAGCUGGUCCCCAACCGUGAGCCCCUCGCGAUCCAGGAGAUGCUACCCAGAGCCUGGCUACGCUGGGCCUGCCUUCUGCUCCUGGCCACGCCUACCCAGCCCUGCCCCAAGGGGUGUGACUGCUUCACCCGGGAGGUGUUUUGCUCCGAUGAGGAGCUGGCCGCCAUCCCGCUGGACAUCCCGCCACACGCCACAGACAUCAUCUUCGUGGAGACCUCGUUCACCAUGGUGGGAGCCAGGACCUUCAGUGGCAGCCCCAACCUGACCAAGGUGGUCUUCCUCAACACCCAGGUGUGCCACUUCGGGCCGGAUGCCUUCGGGGGGCUGCCGGGGCUCCAGGACCUGGAGAUCACUGGCGGUGCCUUCUCCAACCUCAGCACUGACAUCUUCUCCAACCUGACCUCGCUGGGCAAGUUCACCCUCAACUUCAACAUGCUGGAGGCUCUGCCCGAGGGCCUCUUCCAGCACAUGGAUGCCCUGGAGUCCCUCCAGCUGCAGGGCAAUCGGCUCCAGACCCUGCCCGUGAGGCUCUUCCAGCCUCUGAGACGUCUGAAGACCCUCAACCUCGCUCAGAACCUCCUGGCCCAGCUGCCCGAGGAACUGUUCGCCCCCCUCUGCAGCCUGCAGACCCUGAGGCUGAGCAACAACGCACUGGCCGGCCUGCCCCGAGGGCUGUUCAGCCACCUGGGCGGCCUGCAGGAACUCUUCCUGGACGGCAACUCCAUCUCCGAGCUGCCCUCGCAAGCAUUCGCGGGGCUCUCCCGCCUGGAGAAGCUAUGGCUGCAGCGCAACACCAUCGGCCACCUGCCCCGGUCCAUCUUCUCCUCCCUGGGCAAACUGACCUUCCUGAGCUUGCAGGGCAAUGCGCUGCGGACGCUGCCCGCCAGCCUCUUCGCCCAUUCCCCGGGCCUGGUCAGCCUGUCCCUGUCCCACAACCAGCUGGAGACCAUCCCCGAGGGAGCCUUCGCCAACCUAUCCAGCCUCGGGUCCCUCACGCUCUCGCACAACGCCCUCACCCAUCUGCCGGCUGGCAUCUUCAGGGGCCUCGAGGGGCUGGUCAAGCUCUAUCUGGGCAGCAACAACCUGACGGCCCUGCACCCAGCCCUCUUCCAGAACCUGUCCACGCUUGAGCUGCUCAGCCUCUCCAGGAACCUCCUGACCACGCUGCCCCAGGGCAUCUUUGACACCAAUUACAACCUGUUCAACCUGGCUCUGCACGGCAACCCCUGGCAGUGCGACUGCCACCUGGCCUAUCUCUUCAGGUGGCUGCACGGGUAUAGCGACCGGCUCUUCAACAGCCAGACCUACUGCGCUGGCCCCGCCUACCUGAAGGGUCAGGUGGUGCCUGCCUUGAGGGAGGAGCAGCUGGUGUGCCCGGUCACCCAGGACCACCUGGGCUUCCAGGCCCUGGGGCCGGAGGACAGGGAGCCAGGGGGCGGCUAUCCGGCCAUGAAGGAGAAGGCGACCUGGAGCCGGUGCACCUACAGCACCCCCGAGGGCACCGUGGUGCUGGCUUGUGAUGAGGCCCGGUGUCGCUGGCUGAACGUCCAGCUGUCUCCCAGGCAGGGCUUGGCCUCCCCGGGACUGACGUUCAAUGCCAGUCAGGAGUGGGACUUGAAGUCCAGCUGUGGCUCUGUGAGGGUCACUGUGUCGAUCGAGGCUCUGGCAGGGGGAGCCCUAGGUGCAGAGCAGAUGGGCUGGAGCUGGGCAGACAGCCUCUGGGCCCAACCAGGCAAGAGCCGGUGAGGGGAGCUGAAGCUUUGGUUCUUUCAGAUGCAGGGAUGGAGUUGCAUCUCCGGGUGGAGGAAGGGGGAGGAGGCUGGACCCCCGAGUCUCCGCCUCCCCCUCCUCCUUCAUUCCCCCCCAGUCUCUGAGUCUGAGACCUAACAGGGCCUUCCUCAAACUCUGCAAAGCACCCGUUAAAGCUGCAUCGUGGUCCGGAGAAUAAACUAAUGCCGUUCCCCUGG